AUGAUGGGAACAAGUGUACCUGGAAAUAUUGGUUUUAUGGAAUCGGAUGUGGAAUUUGCCGAAGAUGAUCUAUUCAAUUUGGAUGAAGAGACUAUAUGCAAAUUCGAUAUAAUGAAGUCGGUGUCUUCAUUUCUAGAACGGGAUGAUUUUGAAGAAGAGCUUGGUUGUUUAGCUGAUGAUCCAUUUGCUGAAAAUUUUACAGAUAUAAGUCAGCACGAAAUUGUCAAUGUAAUAGCAGACGGUGAUUGGGUAGGGAGACCAAUUGUCGUAAUCUAUGCUUAUCGGCUCCCAUCAAAUAAAACGUUCGAUUAUGCAAGAUUUCUAAGGUUUUUACAAUCCACUUUGGAUAAAGUAGUUGAGUUGGAUUACACAGUUGUAUAUUUCCAUUAUGGUUUGCGAAGCAAUAACAAACCACCUAUGAAAUGGCUGCUUCAAGCAUAUUCCGUUUUAGGACGAAAAUAUAAAAAAAAUCUAAAGGCGCUUUAUUUGGUUCAUCCCACUCGUUUUAUCCGAAUUGUUUGGGGUAUCUUCAAGCCACUAAUAUCUAUGAAAUUUGAACGCAAGAUUCAUUACGUUGAUUAUUUGCAUGAAUUAGAUUCAGUUUUAUGUGUGAAGCAACUCAAUCUGCCUCAGCCAAUCAAAGAUUAUGAUGCUUCUCUUCUUUUUGCUUCACACAUCACUCCUGAUAAAUCACAGCCGGUCAAGAAAACUUAUCCUACUCCUCGACCAACUCAACAGUUUAAUGUUCCUUUGGAAUUUAUAUUGUCACACAAUCCUGAUUGCGAUGUACCUCCUGUGGUUACUGACCUCAUCGCAUUCUUACGAGACCAUUCUUUAAAUGUUGUUGGGUUGUUCAGAAGAUCUGCUGAAGUCUAUUCUAUCAAAAGACUGCAAGAACGCAUUGAUAAAGGGGAACAGAUUGAUUUUCUAAAUGAAGAGCGAUAUAAGGACAAUUUGCAAGAUGCAUCUAUCGAAGCUUCAGUUCUACUCAAGACCUUUUUACGUUCGCUUGAUGAACCAGUCACUACUAACAAAUUAUAUCCGAGGCUUGCUGCUCUUUCUGAAUUACCAAAGGAUAGUAAACUUGGAGCAAUUAUUGAGAUAGUGGAUAUGCUUCCAGCCGAAAAUUAUAUAUUAUUGAAAACUGUAUGUGAAUUUCUGGCCGAGGUGGCUGCUCACAGUAAUGAAAAUAUGAUGGGAGCUAAUAAUCUUAGUGUUAUUUUCGGCCCAAACUUGACAUGGCCUAAAGAUUGCGAGGUUCCAAUAACUCAGUUGAAUAAUCUGAAUUACUUUUGUUAUCGUUUAAUCGUGGAUUAUGAUAAGGUGUUCAAGAAAGGAUAG